AAAAAUCCAACCCCUUCACCUACCUCUCGCCCUCAAUUUACUGUUCCUCUUCACUUUUACUUUUCUCUCUCUAUAUCUAUCGAUUAUAUGCACACUCCAUAUAUGCAUCUAUACUUCUCUAUAUCUUUAUAUGACAUACAGUGUCGUGGAAAUAGAUUCUGUGCUUUUUUCUCCAGCGAGCGAUCUGAUUAGUAAAAGUCGUCGGAGUGUCAACGGUUAAUUUUCCGGCACCAAUUUUUUUGGAUUCCGAUUACUGUUUCACUGGAGAAAUGUUAUUAGUUAUUUCGACUGAUUUCUAUUUGUUUUUGAAGGUUUGUCGUGGAACCGUCCUAAUUAGGGUAUUGAAAUUUUGAAAUGUUAGGGCUUUUUUGCGUGUCUUGGCAAAUUAUCUUGCAUUGAUAAUUUUGAAUUUUUUUGUUGGACGGCAUUAUUUGGAGAGUUAGGAUUUGGGCUUGUGUAAAGUUAAGAGAAGUGAAACUACAGGUAUGCCGCAGAGUUCGAGGCACAAAUCACAUAAACAUAGCAAACACAGUUCGAAGGAGGCUAAGGAUAAGGAUAGUUCGGAUUCUGAAGAAGAUGUGAAGAUGAAGGAAAAAAGUAGCAAAGGUGAUUCGAUGAGGGCUUAUCGGGAUUCUGCCAGUGGUGAGAAGCAUAAAAUUUCAUCGCAGGUCCGAAAAGGCAAGGAUUGUAAAGAUCUGAGUGGUGAUGGGAACGGUGAGGCUUCAGAGGAGUACGUGUCUUCAAAGAGGAGAAAAGAGAAAGCUCACCUCAAAAAGGAGAGGGCUGAUGUAAGUGGAAGAGUUAGUGGUGAUAGGUGGGAUGGGGCUGGAGAGGAGAGAGGGCGCAGUGAUAGGAAUGUGGAGAAGGAAAUAAAUAAAGGGGGAAGUUCAAAAAUUGACAUGAAGUUGAAGGAAAGUAAUAAUAAAGGGGAAAGUUUGAGAGUUGAUUCUAAGAGUAAGAGUAAGAGGCAUGAGAGUGGAACUGGGGGUGAGAACAAGGAGGAGAAUGUGAAAUCCUUGGUGGUGGAGAAAGAUGAAAGUAAAAGGCAAUCAAAGAGGAAAUCUGAGAGGAUUUCUUUGGAAUUGAGGGAAGGGAAGGAACUGAAGGUUAAGGAAAGCGGGUUGGACAAAGACAAAAAAGAUGGUCAGGAGAGUAAGCACGGUGAUGCUGAGGUGAAGGCUCUGGAUGGGAAUCUUGAGAACAAUCAUAACUCACAGUUGGUUGAUUUAAGUGGAGAUAGACAACGUAAACGUGGUAGAGAAAAUACUGCAUGGCAUGUGCAAGAUGGUUUACGAAAUCCCAAAUUAGAGAAGGAACUUGAGAAAGGGGUACGAAGGACGAGAGAAGGUUUUACCGAUAGAGAAAAUGAUGACAAGCGAUUGUCCACAAGGAAUGACUGUAGUAAGGAUGUAAAAAACAGAGAAGAAAGGCAUCAUAUGGGUGGAAGUAAUGGAGACAGGCAUGCGGAUGAUGGUGACAGAGAUGAUAGACACGGAAGUAACAAGCAGUGGGAAGAUGCUGACAAAGACAUGAAACAUCGGGAUACUAAGCAUCAAGAAAAUAGUGAUAAAGAAGCCAGACAUAUUGAUGGUUCACAUCGAGAAAAUAGUAAUAGAGACAGUAGAUGCAGGGGUGAAAAGUAUCGUGAAGAUGGUGAACGAGAAAAGAGACGCAGGGAUGACAAAUAUUGGGAAGCUCCUGAAAGGGAUGGGCGACGCAGGAAUGAUAAGUACAGCGAAGAUGCUGAGAGAGAGAGUAGUUAUAGAGAAGGCAGUGACAGAGAUAAUAGGUGUAAGGAAGAGCCACAUUUGGAUGAUACUGAAAAAUACAGUCGGCAUAAGGAUAGAAAUCUAGUGGAUGAUUUUGAUAGAGAAAAGAAACCUACAGAGAGUAAGUACAGGGAUGAGCAUGUUUCAAGAGAUCUGGUUGGUAACAAGUCUAACACUGAGCACUCAAGGGAUGAUGGUUAUGCUGGUGAUCGCCAUUCUGGAAAAUCAAUCAUGUAUGAUGAUGGUGUAAGCCUGGAUGAUCGAAUCAUCAGGAAUAGAGAUGAUCAAGGUACGAGAAGAAGUGAUGCCGUAGAGGAUUUUGGUAAUAUUGGACCCCGUUGUACCCAGGAUCAAAGAUCUGAUGCAGAAAAGAAAUCUGCAAGCAGCGCGAGAAUGGACGGACUUACUAGAGGGAGGUCUACCUCUAGAAAUGCUGAUGUAGAGAUUUCUUCUAGCCACAGUAGACGACGCAGUUCUCCCCGCUCUAGUUCUCAUGCUUCAAGGGAGCACCACAGACUUUCUAAUGAAAUCAAGUAUAGCGAUUAUGCUUAUGAAGAGAAAAUUCAGUACAAGACAACUUCUACUAGAGAUUAUACUAGUUCUCCUGGAGGGGCUGAGAAGAUUUCUUCGUCUCGAUCCCUGGAGAAACUUGGUCAAAAAGGCAGCCAUCUCGGAGAUUUGUCAGCUGAAAGGCAUCUGAAAUCAGAUAUUCUCACCUCACCCCUGCAACUGAUAUCUAAGUCCCCAUCAUCUAGCACUGAUCGGAGACACUCGAGUAAAUCUAAUGUAAGGAAGAGUCUUGACAUUGAAGACUCAGCACAGGAUAAUAGUGGUUCUAAGGAUGUAAAGGAUUACUUUGGUAAGGAGGGCAGGGGAAACCGUGAACUGGCCAUGGGCGCCUUUCCUGGAGAUGAAAUUUCACAGCCUGAUGGAGAUACCUUAUCUGUUUCUUCACCUUUUAGUAGAAAUAGCCGUUUAUCUCACGGUUCCAAGCCCUUGCUACCCCCUCCCUUUAGGACAGGGAUGGAUAGCCAUUGUAGGAGGAUUGGUGAUCCCGACUUUGGAAGGGUUCAAGGAAAUGCAUGGGGAGGUGUUCCAAACUGGCCUUCACCUGUGGCAAAUGGUUUCAUUCCUUUUCCACAUGGCCCACCUCCUGUUGGUUUUCAUUCCAUGAUGCAGCAGUUUCCAGUUCCAUCGAUAUUUGGUGUUAGACCUUCAGUGGAUUUAAACCAUUCUCAGGGUCCUUACCGUAUGCCUGAUGCUGACAGCUUUUCUGGCAAUGUGCCCUCCAUGGGAUGGCACAACCCAGUGGAUGAUUCACGUCCUCUGCCAUUACAUGGUUGGAAUUCAAGUAAUGCUGUGUUCAGUAAUGAAUCUCAAACAUAUGAGAGGCCAGAAUGGAACCCUUCUAGGACCUUUCCAGGUGGUCAGGGCUGGGAGACAAGUGGAGAUUUGUGGAAGGGCCCAAACAGAACUGCAAGCAUGGAUAGGCCAUCUUCUUCUGAGAAACAGAAUAAUUUCGUUCAGGGCGAUGAAAUUUCAGCUGGCCAGAAUGAACAGACGCAACGUGAUCAGCAGGCUGAUAGUGCUGACAUUAGUCAAUUGAGUGAUAGCUUGGAGAAGAAUUCCGGUGCUGAAGCUCCCCAUAUUAGUCAAGAAGAUACUAGUGACUAUGCUAAAAUGUCAAGAAAGGAUGAUGGACAGUUUUGCCAUGUGUACCUUUCCAAGCUUGAUAUUUCUGCAGAUCUUACUGAACCUGAGUCAUUUAAGCAGUGGGCAAGCAUAAUUAAUACAGAUCAAAACAUGAUUUCUGACUCAGAAGAUUCUAAAAUUCUAUACACUGAGCAAGCGGAAACUCAAGUGGCAUCUUCUGGAAAAACCUUGAGUAUUUCACUUUUUGCUGUAAAAAAUGAUUCUGUCUUCCAGAAAGCAAUGUCCCAUUAUAAGAGGCAGACAGAAGUCUCUAGAGUUAUAAAUGAAGAGAAGCUCUCACUUUUGAGCAUGAAGGUUGAGUCCAUUCCUAAAUCGAAUCAGGAAGAAUUGAAUGAAGAGAAUGAUAAAGUUGAGGAGCUGUCUUCAGCUGGUGAUAUGCAAGACACUGAAGAUGAUCCUCCAAACUCUAACGAGGUGGUUGAGCAUCCAAAUUGCUCUCCGAUGAUGGAAGGGAGUUCUAGGAACCUGCAUCAGGAGCUCAGUGUACCUGUUAUUAUGAACAUAAUGGAGGAAUCAGAAGAGUUGAUUCCUGCCUCGGACCAGGUCAACAGGGAUGUGGAUAUGGAUUCAAAUCUGGAGAUGCAGGAGCAUAUUGCCGAGAACCAUUUAUCCAUGGAUGAUGAAGGAUCCGGUACUCAUUUGCUUGCUGGGAUUGAAGAGGUGCCUAUGGAAUCUGCAGGUAAUGUUCAGGAACUGGAGUCAUUUUCUACUAAAUGUGGUACCUUACUUAACUCUGACAUGCCGUCUGAGGCAUGCGAGGGAAUAAUGCCAGAGUCUGAGUACGGGAUAGUAAAUUUAAGCCGGAUACAUAAUUCUCCUGAAAGUACACAUUAAAACAAUUUAUUUUUCUCAAAGUUCUUGGAAUGCCAUUUCGUAUUUCCAAUCUCCAUCAUCCAUGUUUGCUGUUCGGUGCUCUUCAUUGAUAAGAUUAGUGUUUUUUUCA